AUGGCCAUGACCGUCAUUGCAGAGCAAGCGCGCGUCACACGACGCCUCAAUGGCGGAUGGCUUAUCGCUUUGGUGACACUUAUUGAUGCUAUGUCUGCCAUGUGGUUUGGUUAUUGUCAGGGAGUUUUUGCUGGGGUUCUGGUGUCGUCAGACUUCCAGCAGCUCUUCCCCCAAACUGCUGAUGCCAAUAUAUCGGGGAUCGUAACGAGCUGUUUCCUGCUUGGCGCUUUUUUCGGUGCCAUCAUGGCUUUCAUCCUGGGUGACAAAUUGGGCCGCAAACGGACGAUCAUCAUCGGUCACUGCUUCAACUUCAUCGGGGCGACGCUGCAAUUUCUCUCCUGGAGUCUCCCCCAGAUGGUCAUCGGACGCAUCAUCAACGGGUUUGGGAUGGGCAUGACGAGUACCAUGUCACCAGUCUACCUGGCAGAGUGCGCGAGAUCGCACAUGCGAGGACGUCUGCUUGUCAUCGGGGCUAGCUCCAAUGUCAUGAGUUUUUGUCUUGCUAAUUGGAUCAGCUACGGACUUUAUUACCAGGCGGGCCCACUACAAUGGCGGUUUCCACUUGGCUUUCAGCUUGUAUUUGCUUGCAUUAUCGCCCCAGUUUUGGCUUUCGUUCCAGAGAGUCCAAGGUGGUUAUUGCUGGUAGAUAGAGAAGUUGAAGCACUCAGCGUCAUCUCCAGAUUCUCUGGGACUGAUAUACCUAACGAAGUAGCGACAUCAGAAUAUCGGAGCAUCAAAGAAGCAAUUCGGCUGGAGAGAGAGACCAGAGUACCGGCCAUGGAUGUACUCAUGCACCGGGACAAAGCUAAGAACUUGAGGCGACUGAUACUUAGCUCCGGGACCCAACUUAUGCAGCAGUUCAGCGGAAUCAAUGCACUAGGAUUUUAUCUUCCUACUCUUCUGCAAGACAACGUUGGUUACGACAAUGAGACGUCACGGUUAUUGACAGCCAUCAGUGGCACGAUUUAUUUGCUUUCCGCCUUUGGUAGCCUGGUCGUUAUUGAUCGAGUGGGAAGGCGAAAGCUCAUGCUUGGAGGGUCAGUACUGACGGCAAUUUGUCAUUUAAUUGCCUCGCUAUGCCUCAAAGCUGGUCAGGACAAUCCUUCGAAAAUGGCAACUAUGGGGAAGGUCGCCGUUUCCAUGUUUAUUCUAUACCAUGUGUUCUUUGGUUGCACCUGGGGCGGUGUACCGUGGGUUUAUUCUGCCGAGAUCAACUCGCUUGGGUGGAGAACGCGUGGUGCAGCAGCGGCUACGGCAACCAACUGGUUGAUGGCAUUUGUGGUGGUACAAUUUACCAAAGUAGGGAUUGACAACUUGGGCUGGGCCUUCUAUCUAAUAUUUGCGGUUAUUAGCUUGAGCUACUUUCCUACUGUAUAUUGUUUUUAUCCUGAAACGUCACGGCGGACAUUGGAAGACAUGGACCUUAUGUUCAUUAGGAACCCAAGUGUAUUCGUCUGUGGAAAAGACGAGAUGACAAAGAGAGAAAGGCCGCAGGCAUUGAUAGACGCUGAGAGAGACCGAAUCGCGAGAGGCGAGGUGACUACAGUCGAGCUGGGGGUUUGA